UAUGGUGAAAGUAAAUCAAAAUACUAUACCUUUGAUUAAUGAAUUACAACAAGUAAAUAAAGAAAAGAAUAAAAAUGAAGUUCAAUUAAAAGAAGCAAAAGAAUAUCAGAAUCGUUAUGAAAAGUUAGAAACAAAAUUUCAUGAUCGUUAUGAAAA